UCGCCGCAGCGUUCUCGAGGGGUUGUUCCGCGGAGCCCAUCGCAAGGGUUUCUUACGUUACCGUUGCACUUAGUGCAUUUUCUCCCGUAAUUGCGCCGUUUUGAGAGGCUGGAGAAUCCGCGCGCCUGUGCGAUCAAGCGAGAAAGGUGAGCAAACGAAGAACCGAUCGAUUUGCUAAGCGCCAAGAUGCCUGCAGUGCGAGGGGACGGCAUCCGUGGCCUGGCGGUGUUCAUAUCGGAUAUCCGAAACUGCAAGAGCAAGGAGGCGGAGAUCAAGCGCAUCAAUAAGGAGCUUGCAAACAUUCGUUCCAAGUUUAAGGGGGACAAGACACUUGAUGGUUACCAAAAGAAGAAGUACGUGUGUAAGCUCCUGUUCAUUUUCCUUCUGGGCCACGAUAUUGACUUUGGCCACAUGGAGGCGGUAAACCUGCUCAGCUCGAACAAGUACUCCGAGAAGCAAAUAGGCUACUUGUUUAUUUCUGUGCUGUUGAACGAAAACAGCGAGUUGAUGCGACUCAUAAUUCAAAGCAUCAAAAACGACCUGUGCGCCCGCAACCCAAUCCACGUGAACCUUGCGCUGCAGUGUAUCGCCAAUAUCGGCAGCCGCGAGAUGGCCGAGACAUUUGGCGGCGAGAUUCCCAAGCUCCUGGUGUCUGGCGACACCAUCGACGUGGUGAAGCAGAGCGCCGCGCUGUGCCUGCUGCGGCUGUUGCGUACCCUGCCGGACAUUACACCCAGCGGUGAAUGGACGUCGCGCAUCAUCCACCUACUCAACGACCAGCACAUGGGCGUCGUUACUGCUGCCGUGAGCCUCAUUGACGCACUGGUCAAAAAGAACCCGGACGAGUACAGGGGCUGCGUGUCCUUGGCGGUGUCUCGGCUUAGCCGCAUUGUGACAGCAUCGUACACGGACCUUCAAGACUACACGUACUACUUCGUGCCGGCUCCCUGGCUGAGCAUGAAGCUUCUGCGCCUGCUGCAGAACUAUCCGCCCCCUGACGACCCUGGUGUUCGAGGUCGUCUCAACGAGUGUCUCGAGACCAUCCUCAACAAGGCUCAGGAGCCGCCCAAAUCUAAGAAAGUGCAGCAUUCCAACGCGAAGAAUGCGGUGCUCUUUGAGGCGAUAUCGCUCAUCAUCCACAUGGACCGCCUAGGCGCUGUCAUCGAGCCGAAUCUGCUUGUGCGAGCCUGCAACCAGCUAGGGCAAUUUUUACAGCAUCGUGAGACUAAUCUGAGGUAUCUGGCCUUGGAGAGCCUCUGCCUGUUGGCCACUUCGGAGUUCUCCCACGAGGCCGUGAAGAAGCACCAGGAGACGGUUGUGAAUGCCCUCAAGACGGAGCGCGAUGUGAGCGUUCGUCAGCGAGCCGUUGACCUGCUUUACGCCAUGUGUGACAAGUCCAACGCUGAAGAGAUUGUGGCAGAGAUGCUGGCUUACCUUGAAACAGCAGACUACUCCAUCCGCGAAGAGAUGGUUCUCAAGGUUGCCAUUCUGGCAGAAAAGUAUGCCUCUGACUACACGUGGUAUGUCGAUGUCAUCCUGAACCUCAUCCGCAUUGCUGGGGACUACGUCAGUGAGGAGGUCUGGUACCGAGUCAUCCAAAUAGUUAUCAACAGAGAGGAUGUGCAAGGUUAUGCCGCAAAGACAGUCUUUGAGGCACUGCAAGCACCUGCUUGCCACGAAAACAUGGUCAAGGUCGCUGGUUAUAUCCUCGGAGAGUUUGGCAACUUAAUUGCUGGUGAUCAGCGUUCCAGUCCGCUGAUCCAGUUUCAACUACUGCACUCGAAAUAUCAUCUUUGUUCUGCUGGCACCAGAGCGCUUCUGUUGACCACCUAUGUAAAAUUCAUCAAUCUUUUCCCAGAGAUUAAAACUGAAAUCCAGAACAUUCUUCGUAGCAACAGCAACAUUCGCUGUGCUGACUCAGAAUUACAGCAGCGGGCAGUCGAAUACUUGAGCUUGAGCCAGAUUGCUUCACCUGAUGUACUGGCAACAGUUCUGGAAGAAAUGCCCCCAUUUCCUGAAAGAGAGUCUUCAAUCCUGGCAAUCCUUAAGCGCAAAAAACCGGGCAUGUCUGAAGGCAUUAACGCCAGCAAUAAAGAAAACCUUCGUGCAGCGCCAUUGUUGGUUGAUGGUGCUGCUCCUGCAAAUGGAACCACAGCCCCUGCAACUAUGGACCUGCUUGGCCUUUCUCUUGACCAGACUGCUCCACCUGCCCCAGCAGCAUCGACAAAUGGCACAACAGCUUGCUUAGUAGAUGUGUUUGAAGACCAGUCUUCAGGAGCACAGGGCGGCACAGCUGUGGUGGUUUCCAGUGAGGAGGGUCUCAAAAAAUUUGUGUGCAAGCAUAAUGGCAUCUUGUUUGAAAAUGAUCUUUUACAGAUUGGUGUCAAGGCCGAAUUUCGCCAGAAUCUUGGCCGUGUUGGGCUCUUUUAUGGGAACAAGACUGCAUCCCAGUUUCAGAGCUUCCUGCCCAACGUGACGAUUGACAACAUGGCACUAAGCAUUCAGUUGAAGCCAGUGGAACCAGCCAUUGAAGCAGGAGCACAAGUUGAGCAGAUGGUCAAUGUUGAGUGCGUUCAGGACUUUGCAGAAGCUCCCGGACUGGUUGUGCAGUUUGUUUAUUGUGGUGUGCAGCAGAAGUUUACUCUACAGCUGCCAGUAUUUCUUAACAAGUUUUUGGAGCCAACAAUUAUGAACUCGGAGUCAUUCUUCUCACGCUGGAAGAACCUAAGUAGCCCUGGUCAAGAAGAACAGAAGAUAUUCAAGGCACGUUUUCCCAUGGAGAAUGAGGGCAUCCGCAGCAAACUCUCUGGCUUUGGCAUGCAGCUCCUGGAUGGUAUCGACCCGAACCCGGACAAUUUUGUCUGCGCUGGCAUCAUCCACACUCGUGCUCUUCAAAUUGGUUCUUUGCUGCGACUUGAGCCCAACCGGCAAGCACAGAUGUAUCGGCUUACCAUACGAAGCAGCAAGGAUGGAGUGUCCAAAAUACUAGUUGACCUUCUCCAGGAGCACUUCUAGAGUGCCCAUCUUCAGGCCUCAUCAGUCUGACUGAUCCUUUUUUUUUUUUUUACUCUGCUGUUAAAAAGAAAUGUACUUAAAUAGCUUGGUGUUGGAGUUUCUUCCUGUGGAUGUGUUUAUUUCACUUAUUUUUUUUAUUGGCCAGUAACUGUUCUAUGCUGUUAGUUUGUGUACUUAGCAUGAGCAGAGCAGUUUUCAUCAAACCUCAGAUCAGUUGUAUUUUCCAUCACUCCUUUCCUACAAGUCCCAGGAAAAUGGAAAUGUACCGGUUAUGUAAGCAUGCAAAGGAAUGUGUAAUGUCAAACUGUGGCAAGAUUUAAGCUAGUCACAUCAAGAGCAACACAGUACAGUGUGACACUUGCAUUCUUUUUAAUUUUUUUCUACUGAUUAAGUAGCUCACUUCAUUGAGAUUCAAGCACAAGAGAGGUCCUUUUUUUUUCAUGUUGUCUGUUACACUAUGGUCAAUUGUGAUACCUCGUCUUUUUAUGCGGUUAUUCGCAUGUGAUGGUCACCAUUGUCUGUUUGAAAUGUGCCCUUUGGUUCUUUGUCCUUUUGUCACACGCUCUUGAAAUGAAUCUUGUUUGUGCUGCUGUAGUAUAAUGGUAGGCUAGGCUGUGUAAUAAGCUGUCUUUUGUUUAUUCUCAUUGAUAUUGAGAUUGUGAGGGUCUUUGUAACUCCUCAAAAUUUAAGUGGUUACUUUAUCUGGUGUAAUAGCUGUGUAAUAGUUUUGUGCUUGCAAUUUACCUAUUGGCGUGAAAUUCUAGGUUUGCUUCCCUGACAUUCCAAUAUAGUGUGUUAUGCUUUUCCUCUACACCUGCAGUUCCCUGUAAAGUCCAUUGUCGGGACUUACGUGUACUCCUGCAACUUUAGUGUAGCUGUGCAUUGAUACCACUCUUGUCCAACUGAUAAAAAUGAAGCCUGCAAUUUUUCGCACACAGAUUGUGCCAUGUUUGAAUGUUUACAUUGCAAAGGGCUUGUGUAGUUAUAUUUAAGUCACUGAUAAAACAUGGUUAUGUGCACUGUGCACAUUCUCCAGUAUGACCACUGGGCCUUUUGUUUUGUCUAAUGUUGCUCUGGGCGCUGUAAUAAAGAACUGCUCAUUCUUACCUUUCCCAAACUCUGCAUUGCACACACCUCAGCUUGGAAAGGCAGCAUGAACAUAACUGUAUUGCUGCUUUACUAAGUGUUUCGCAAAGCAUUUGGCUAUGUGAAGAAACUAGCUUUGCUUGAAGCAUUCAAAUUGUUCAAAUUGUGUAGUCGUGUGACAUUCGCAUGAAUGUAGUGUUAUACACUGCUGUUGAUAGUUAGCCUCAAUUCGUGGGCAGGUGUUCGUUGCAUACUGCAAGCGUUAUGCUAUUCCAAGGUGUUAACGAGCACUUGCAGGGAAAUUGUGUUUGGUGUUGUGGGGGGGGGGGGGGGGUAUUCGCACAAUAUUUUUGCUGCAGGCAGUGAACUUGGCAUGCUGCUGGCAUUGAUCAGUGUUUUAAAGUGUAAAUGGAAACUCAUUUUAUGUAAAGAUUUUUUUCGGCUACUAGAUGCUCUUGUGAAUCUGAUGAGCCAAUAAAUGCUUAGCAAAUAUGUCAUCUGUAAA